UAGUGUGACAUCAACAGUUCGCUUUGAUCGAGGAUGCUUAAGUCUCGCAACGUAUUUUGUGCCAUUUUAAUAAUCAAUUUUGCCUCGGUAAUCUACUGUGAAGUUUUACGACAACCACCAACUCGAGUCGAUAAAUUAGUUUCGGAUCAUUUUGAAGUGACCGAACAAUUGUGGACUUUGGUCGAAAACCGGGCGCCAAAUGUUCUGGAUGCUGUAAAGGAACUUUUCGAUAGCAUUCGCAAUGAUCAAUUGAGUGACAUGAUGUCUUGGAUACACAUUUUCUUUGUUCAUCCGUACGGCAACCAGUUAAUGCAACUAACGCUCGACUUGUUCACGUUGAAGCAUAAGAUCUCGUAUCAAGGUAUUGAUCCUGAGGCAAUAAAGGACGUAGGUGACUUCUACAAUGCAACUAGACGAAUAAGAAAUGAUACAACGAUGCUCUAUGAUAUCACAGCAAACGAUGAAUUUUGGCAGGCUGCUCUGGAACGUUCGUUACCGUCGAAAUUUUCGUGUUGGACUGAGAAAUUCUCCUCUCAACAAAUGCUCCUACGGCACUACUUCUACAUACAAGUUACGUACUUGAGGAACUACUUACGAUUCCAACAACUUUACAUGACGGCCUACAUAAAAUUCACUGACGAUGCUGACUUUAAAUCACUAGCAUUGCAGAUAUCUGAGGAAUUCCGUGCGAUAUAUACGUCGCUACGAAUUACAGCCAAAAAGUACCUAACAUUAGCACCGAAGGAUAUAUUGGAUUGUAACACGUGCAGUGAUAAGCCUAUGAACUACACGACUGUGACAAAUUUUCUUCAAGGAUUAAUUGAUAAUGAGGCGAAUUUGAAUCCAGACAGUAGUUGUUCGUCUCAGUGUUCUGAUUACAAAUACACGAAACACUUUCAGUGCCACCCUCAAUCCCUUUGUGGUACGAACGAAGGUAACAACCUUCGUUGCAACGGUGUUAUUAGAGAUUGUAGCGACGUCGACACUAGUUUUUUCGGGUCAUCCUUUGCCACUGCCGAUGCGGAUCUAUGUUUGAAUGACCAUGAUCCGACUCGUCGAUAUGAUGGCAUCAAAAUUGAUGGCGAAUUGGUUGCUGGAGAUGAUAAUGAGCCUUGUCAAAAAAUCGUAAAUGCAAAGUCAUGGUGGAGUGGACUCUAUAGAUGUACGAAUUGUUACUGUUUCUGUGAUGAAAAUACCACCAUUUCGGAACGACAUUUUAGCUUAAGAGACGUUGUGUCCAACAUCCAAGAGAACAGAGUCAUAACUGAUGUCAGGAUGAACAAAAUCAACGGUGUCAUACAGUUUGAAAUCAAAGAGAGUUUUUUACGUCCAUUUGCUGACACAUUUAAAAGCGAUGAUUCAGGAAUAGUUGACGGAUGGCUGUCUGCGCCUGCAUUUUCUGUUACAGCUCCAAAUGUAACGAAAUCAGUCGAUUAUUACGAAUUGACUUAUGAAAAUCGGUCGAUGAAUUUAGAUGAAGUUAAACUUCCCAAUGGUCUUGUGCUAACUGGAAUCCGGUUUUGUGUGAAAAACGACCGUUUAACGAUUGAAGUUCGUGGAACUGCCUUUGAUUAUACGACCGGGGUAUUGGAACAUUUAGAGGACAGCAAGUGGUACUCUAAUGUUAAGGGAUCAAAUGAAUUCCUUUUUGAUCCUUUGCACAAGCCCCGGAGGACGCAUCUUUAUGAAAUUGUCUCUGUCACCAAUUCGUAUUUCAAUUUUCGUCCAAGUGAUUACGCUGUAGACAUCGGACAAACUACGAUUCCAUUUAUUGAAGUCCAUUCGACCGAAUCGAGAUACUCGGGAGCACUGGCUGGUGUGGGUCUGCAGUACAAGAGUGGCAAAAGUACCAACAAUUUUAAAGGUUACGUCCUUUCUGGUCACUAUGUAACUACACAGUUAAUAGCUUACGACGUCGUACCACACUUUUAGUUGUAAAUUGGUUUGUUGCAUCUUGCGGAAUAUGAAAUAAAGAUUGACU